ACGGCGCGCGCACGCGCAAACGCGGGUGAUGGGGGGAAGAAAGACUGAGCUGAGAGCUUUGCCGCGGGAGGAGGGCUCUACCUCCCGUCGACCGUCGCUCCCCCGCGGUGGGCGCGCGCGCUGGCCCGCUCCCUUGCUGCACGCUCCCGGCUCGCGCGUUCCCCCCGGUGCCCUCCCCCGCCUCACAAGCACCCUUGCCCUCCCGCAUUUGUGCGCCGGUGCAGCAGGCAGUGGGAACAUCCGGGCAUUUCCGCAGCUGAGCGGCGACCCGGGCGGCGGCGGCGGUCGAGGAGCUCCCAUGGCAGGGACGAGGCGGAGGGAAGGCGAAAGGGGGGCGAGGAGUUAAGCCAGAGCCUCCGCGGGGCGGGUUUCCGAGGGAGGCACAGAGGGAAACGGCUCUCGCAGCCCGAGGAGGGCCAGGCGCGGAGCUUGUCGCCCCUCUUGCGCAUUCUGUCCAGCCCGGGCUCCGGAGAUGCAUCUGCAUCAGGUCCUCACCGGGGCUGUCAACCCUGGAGACAACUGCUACUCCGUGGGCAGCGUCGGGGAUGUCCCCUUCACGGCAUAUGGAUCAGGCUGUGAUAUUGUUAUUUUGGCAAAUGACUUUGAAUGUGUACAGAUCAUUCCUGGUGCUAAGCAUGGAAACAUCCAAGUCAGCUGUGUGGAGUGUUCUAACCAACAAGGAAGAAUUGCAGCUUCAUAUGGUAAUGCUGUUUGUAUAUUUGAGCCCUUGGGCAUAAAUUCUCAUAAAAGAAAUUGUCAACUCAAGUGCCAGUGGCUUAAAACUGGGCAGUUUUUUUUGAGUUCUGUGACAUACAACUUAGCAUGGGAUCCUCAAGAUAAUAGAUUGUUGACAGCAACUGAUUCUAUUCAGUUGUGGGCUCCUCCAGGAGAUGAUAUUCUGGAAGAGGAGGAAGAAAUUGAUAAUACAAUUCCUCCUGUUUUAAAUGAUUGGAAGUGUGUCUGGCAGUGCAAAACCUCAGUAUCUGUACAUUUGAUGGAAUGGUCUCCUGAUGGUGAAUAUUUUGCCACUGCUGGAAAGGAUGAUUGUCUUUUGAAAGUGUGGUAUCCUAUGACUGGUUGGAAGUCUUCAAUUAUACCUCAGGAUCAUCAUGAAGUAAAAAGGAGACAGUCCUGUACUCAAUUUUCUUUUGUUUACUUGGCACAUCCCCGAGCUGUGACAGGUUUUUCGUGGCGCAAAACUAGCAAGUAUAUGCCCAGGGGUUCUGUCUGUAAUGUGUUAUUAACUUCAUGUCAUGAUGGUGUGUGCCGGCUCUGGGCAGAAACUUUAUUACCAGAAGACUGUCUUUUGGGUGAGCAGAUUUGUGAGACUACCACUUCCAGCAUUGCCAGCAGCCUUUCUCAUGCUGGAAGACACAAAGACAGAAUACAGCAUGCUCUUGAGACAAUACACCAUUUGAAAAAUUUAAGGAAAGGACAGAGGAGGUCAUCUGUUCUUGUAACUCAUGCUGAAUUAAUGCCCGACCAGACAGCAAUGCAUGAAGUUCAAAGACACAUUUCCCACCAUGCAAAUGCACUCUGUCAUUUUCAUAUUGCAGCAAGCAUCAACCCUGCCACAGAUAUUCCAAAUGUCUUGGUUGGCACUGCAUUUAAUGUUGAUGAUGGAAAUGGGGGCUUUGUAGUUCAUUGGUUAAACAACAAGGAAUUUCAUUUUACAUCAUCUACAGAAGUAUUUAUGCAUCAAUUACGAAAACUUUCUGAUAAGCAGGUAGAUCAUGAAAAUGAUGAUGCAGAUAGAGAAGAUGAGGAACAUUCACAGGAGGAUAGAGAACGGGGUUUACAUAUGAAAUUAGACCAUGAUUUAUCCCUGGAUAGAGAAUCUGAGGCAGGUACAGGAUCAUCAGAACAUGAAGAUGGAGAAAGAGAAGGAAGUCCUAGAACUUAUUUACGACUUAGUGUACCAAUGCCACUGCCUACGGUUCUGCUUGAUCGGAAGAUUGAAACGCUGCUGACUGAAUGGAAUAAGAAUCCUGAUAUGCUUUUUACAAUACACCCUGUAGAUGGUACCUUUCUAGUGUGGCAUGUAAAGUAUUUGGAUGAAUAUAAUCCUGGAAUAUUUAGACAAGUUCAGGUUUCUUUUUCUUCUCGGAUUCCUGUUGCAUUUCCCUCUGGUGAUGCAAGCUCUCUUAGUAAAAAUAUCAUGAUGUAUGCCUGUAUAAAUGCGACAAAAGAUUCUCACCACACGCUGUUACUCCAGGAGGGGAUGUCUGUAGGCAGUCCUCACGGAUCACAGCCACACUCUAGAUCCCACAGUACACAUAUGAACAUCUUAGCUCCCACAGUAAUGAUGAUCUCUAAACACAUAGAUGGUUCUUUAAAUCAGUGGGCAGUCACUUUUGCUGAUAAGUCUGCCUUUACCACUGUUCUAACUGUAUCUCACAAAUUUAGAUAUUGCGGUCAUCGAUUUCACCUCAAUGACCUGGCAUGUCAUUCAGUUUUACCACUGUUAUUGACAUCCUCACAUCAUAAUGCUCUAUUGACUCCUGAAUCAGAUUGUCAGUGGGACUCAGACAAUAAAUUAAGUAGAUUCAUGGACCCUGUAAAACAUAUAAAAGGUUCCUCGAAACAACCUCUUAGAAAUGCAGCAACUCGUACAUUUCAUGACCCAAAUGCAAUCUACAGUGAACUUAUUCUGUGGCGUGUAGACCCAAUAGGACCUUUGUCAUACACUGGAGGAGUAUCAGAAUUGGCUCGAAUUAACUCUUUACAUACCUCAGCGUUCUCUAAUGUGGCUUGGCUUCCAACUCUCAUUCCCAGUUACUGUCUAGGCACAUAUUGCAAUUCUGCAAGUGCUUGCUUUGUUGCUUCUGAUGGCAAAAAUCUGAGACUCUAUCAAGCUGUAGUGGAUGCAAGGAAAUUAUUGGAUGAAUUGUCAGACCCAGAAUCUUCAAAACUUAUUGGAGAAGUGUUUAAUAUUGUGAGCCAACAGUCUACUGCUCGACCUGGCUGCAUUAUUGAACUCGAUGCAAUAACCAACCAAUGUGGCUCAAAUACACAGUUGCUUCAUGUGUUUCAAGAAGACUUCAUUAUAGGAUAUAAACCACAUAAGGAAGAUAUGGAGAAAAAGGAAACAGAAAUAUUUUUUCAGCCAUCACAAGGAUACCGCCCACCACCAUUUUCAGAAAAGUUCUUUCUAGUAGUAAUUGAGAAGGACAGCAAUAAUAACUCUAUUCUGCAUAUGUGGCACCUUCAUCUUAAAUCUGUACAAGCAUGUUUAGCUAAAGCUUCAGAAGGGGCUUCCUCUGAGAGUCUACUUUCAGUCCCUGGACAGAAGAAUGUAGAUUCUUCUCCAGAAACCUCUCCUAGUGUGAGCCCCAUGCCACAUUCUUCAUCAAUUGCCAAUCUUCAAACUGCCAGUAAACUUAUUCUGAGUUCUAGACUGGUGUAUAGCCAACCCCUUGAUCUCCCAGAAUCAGUUGAAGUAAUAAGAGCAACGCCUUCAGCAGGCCAUCUGAGUUCUUCUUCAAUUUAUCCAGUGUGCCUUGCACCUUAUUUAGUGGUUACAGCUUGUUCUGACAAUAAAGUACGCUUCUGGAAAUGUUGUAUGGAAGCCAACCCAGAGUGUAAUAAAAGUGAUGAGAAAGAAAUUUAUCAUUGGAAGAGAUGGCCUUUGAUGAAUGAUGAAGGAGAAGAUAAUAGCAGUACAGUGAGCAUUGUGGGAAGACCAGUUGCUGUUAGCUGUUCAUACACAGGUCGCCUUGCAGUGGCUUAUAAGCAGCCUAUCCACCAUAAUGGUUUUGUUUCUAAAGAAUUUUCCAUGCAUGUUUGUAUAUUUGAAUGUGAAUCUACAGGAGGAUCAGAGUGGGUUUUAGAACAAACAAUUCAUCUUGAUGACUUGGUUAAGGUUGGGAGUGUACUUGAUUCAAGGGUCAGCGUCGACAGUAAUCUGUUUGUAUAUAGCAAGUCAGAUGCACUCUUGAGCAAGGAUAGAUAUCUUAUUCCGAAUAUCAAACAUUUAGUACAUUUGGACUGGGUAUCAAAAGAAGAUGGCUCCCACAUUCUUACAGUGGGAGUCGGUGCGAAUAUCUUCAUGUAUGGAAGGCUUUCAGGAAUUGUGACUGAGCAAACCAACAGUAAGGAUGGAGUAGCUGUCAUCACUUUACCACUAGGUGGUAGUAUCAAGCAAGGAGUUAAGUCAAGAUGGGUUCUUCUUAGAUCUAUAGACUUGGUAUCUUCUGUUGAUGGUACUCCUUCACUGCCUGUUUCUCUCUCUUGGGUAAGAGAUGGGAUAUUGGUGGUAGGAAUGGAUUGUGAAAUGCAUGUAUAUGCACAGUGGAAGCAUGCAGUCAAAUUUGGAGACACUGAAGCUGAUAGUCCUAAUGCAGAAGAGGCAGCAAUGCAAGAUCAUUCGACCUUUAAAUCUAAUAUGCUGGCAAGAAAAAGUAUUGUUGAAGGAACAGCUAUUUCUGAUGAUGUUUUUUGUUCACCAACUGUAAUUCAAGAUGGUGGCUUAUUUGAGGCUGCACAUGUACUUUCCCCUACUCUGCCACAAUAUCAUCCAACUCAGCUGUUAGAAUUGAUGGAUUUAGGGAAAGUGCGAAGGGCUAAAGCCAUUCUGUCUCAUUUAGUAAAAUGUAUUGCAGGUGAAGUAGCAAUAGUUAGAGAUCCUGAUGCUGGAGAAGGAACUAAGCGACAUCUCUCUCGAACUAUUAGUGUAAGUGGCAGUACAGCAAAGGAAACAGUCACCGUAGGAAAAGAUGGUACUCGAGAUUAUACUGAGAUAGAUUCUAUCCCUCCACUACCACUAUAUGCAUUACUUGCUGCAGAUCAAGAUACAUCCUACAGAAUUUCAGAAGAAAGUACAAAGAUACCACAGAGCUAUGAAGAUCAGACAGUAAGUCAACCAGAGGAUCAGUAUUCAGAGCUGUUUCAAAUCCAGGAUAUAACAACGGAUGAUAUUGAUUUAGAGCCUGAAAAGAGAGAAAACAAAUCAAAAGUAAUAAAUCUUUCUCAAUAUGGACCAGCUUACUUUGGCCAAGAACAUGCAAGGGUACUUUCAAGUCAUCUUAUGCACUCAAGUCUACCAGGCCUUACCCGUUUGGAGCAGAUGUUCCUUGUAGCUUUGGCUGAUACAGUGGCUACUACUAGUACUGAGCUUGAUGAAAGCAGAGAUAAGAGUUGCUCAGGAAGAGAUACAUUAGAUGAGUGUGGUUUGAGAUACUUGUUAGCUAUGCGCCUACACACAUGCCUUUUGACAUCGCUGCCUCCUUUAUACCGAGUGCAGCUACUUCAUCAAGGUGUCUCUACAUGCCAUUUUGCCUGGGCUUUUCAUUCUGAGGCUGAAGAAGAACUGAUUAAUAUGAUUCCAGCAAUUCAGAGAGGGGACCCCCAGUGGUCUGAAUUAAGAGCUAUGGGCAUAGGGUGGUGGGUGAGGAACAUUAACACGCUUCGAAGAUGCAUUGAAAAGGUUGCCAAAGCUUCUUUUCAAAGGAACAAUGAUGCCUUAGAUUCUGCACUAUUCUACCUUUCAAUGAAGAAGAAAGCAGUAGUGUGGGGUCUGUUUAGGUCACAGCAUGAUGAAAAAAUGACAACAUUUUUCAGCCACAACUUUAAUGAAGAUAGAUGGCGAAAAGCUGCUUUGAAAAAUGCUUUUUCCUUACUUGGAAAACAACGCUUUGAACAAUCGGCUGCUUUUUUCUUGCUAGCUGGUUCAUUGAAAGAUGCCAUAGAGGUAUGUCUUGAAAAAAUGGAAGAUAUUCAGCUAGCCAUGGUUAUUGCCCGUUUAUAUGAAUCUGAAUUUGAGACUUCAUCCACUUAUAUAUCCAUCCUAAAUCAGAAGAUUUUGGGUUGCCAAAAGGAUGGCUCAGGAUUCAGUUGCAAAAGAUUACAUCCUGAUCCUUUCCUGCGUAGUCUUGCCUAUUGGGUAAUGAAAGAUUACACCCGAGCCUUGGACACAUUACUGGAACAAACACCAAAGGAGGAUGAUGAACAUCAAGUUAUCAUCAAGUCUUGUAACCCGGUGGCAUUUAGUUUUUAUAACUACCUUCGAACUCAUCCUUUGCUCAUUCGAAGAAAUCUUGCCUCCCCUGAAGGAACUUUGGCAACCUUAGGUCUCAAAACUGAGAAAAACUUUGUUGAUAAAAUUAACCUCAUAGAAAGAAAAUUAUUCUUUACCACUGCAAAUGCUCAUUUUAAAGUUGGAUGCCCUGUUUUAGCCUUGGAGGUACUCUCCAAAAUUCCAAAAGUAACCAAAACAUCUGCCUUAUCUGCAAAAAAAGAUCAGCCUGACUUCAUUUCUCACAGGAUGGAUGAUGUACCUUCACAUUCAAAAGCUCUGAGUGAUGGCAAUGGAAGUUCUGGCAUUGAAUGGUCAAAUGUAACUUCAUCACAGUAUGACUGGAGUCAGCCAAUAGUAAAAGUUGAUGAGGAACCUCUUAAUCUUGAUUGGGGUGAAGAUCACGACAGUGCCUUAGAUGAAGAGGAAGACGAUGCUGUUGGUUUAGUGAUGAAAAGUACAGAUGCCAGGGAAAAAGAUAAACAAUCAGAUCAGAAGGCCUCAGACCCUAACAUGUUAUUAACACCUCAGGAAGAGGAUGAUCCUGAAGGUGAUACUGAAGUUGAUGUGAUUGCUGAACAACUAAAAUUCAGAGCUUGUUUAAAGAUCCUUAUGACUGAAUUAAGAACAUUGGCUACAGGUUAUGAAGUAGAUGGAGGAAAACUCAGAUUUCAACUCUAUAACUGGCUUGAAAAGGAAAUUGCUGCCUUGCAUGAGAUAUGUAAUCAUGAAUCAGUUAUUAAAGAGUAUUCCAGUAAGACAUAUUCCAAAGUAGAGAGUGAUCUACUGGAUCAGGAAGAAAUGGUAGACAAACCAGAUAUUGGUUCCUAUGAGCGCCAUCAAAUAGAAAGAAGAAGAUUGCAGGCCAAACGAGAGCAUGCAGAAAGACGAAAGUCGUGGUUGCAGAAAAACCAAGAUCUCCUGAGAGUAUUUCUCAGCUACUGUAGCCUUCAUGGGGCCCAAGGUGGUGGUUUGGCUUCAGUGAGGAUGGAACUCAAAUUUUUGCUACAAGAAUCACAACAGGAAACUACAGUAAAGCAGCUCCAGUCUCCACUACCACUGCCUACCACCCUACCUCUGCUUUCAGCAAGUAUUGCGUCAACAAAAACAGUCAUAGCUAAUCCUGUAUUGUACUUAAAUAAUCACAUCCAUGAUAUACUUUAUACUAUUGUUCAGAUGAAAACACCACCUCAUCCCAGUAUUGAAGAUGUGAAGGUGCACACACUUCAUUCACUAGCAGCAUCACUUUCUGCAUCAAUUUACCAAGCAUUAUGUGACAGUCAUAGCUACAGCAGUCAAACAGAAGGAAAUCAGUUUACAGGAAUGGCUUAUCAAGGACUUCUUUUAAGUGAUCGUAGAAGACUAAGGACAGAAAGCAUUGAAGAACAUGCAACACCAAAUUCAUCUCCUGCUCAAUGGCCUGGUGUGAGCUCACUUAUUAAUCUCUUGAGUUCAGCCCAAGAUGAAGACCAGCCAAAACUGAACAUUUUGCUAUGUGAAGCUGUUGUUGCUGUUUACUUAAGUUUAUUGAUACAUGCUCUUGCCACCAAUUCCUCCAGUGAAUUAUUUCGGCUUGCAGCCCACCCAUUAAAUAAUCGAAUGUGGGCUGCUGUUUUUGGAGGUGGUGUAAAACUUGUUGUGAAACCUCGAAGACAAUCAGAAAAUAUUUCAGCACCUCCUGUCCUUUCUGAAGACAUAGAUAAACACCGUAGGAGAUUUAACAUGAGAAUGCUCGUCCCUGGAAGGCCUGUAAAAGAUGCUACCCCACCACCGGUGCCUGCAGAAAGACCAUCUUACAAAGAAAAAUUUAUUCCUCCCGAACUUAGUAUGUGGGAUUAUUUUGUUGCAAAGCCAUUUCUUCCUUUGUCUGAUAGUGGUGUUAUAUAUGAUUCUGAUGAAAGCAUUCAUAGUGAUGAAGAAGAUGAUGCCUUUUUUUCAGAUACACAAAUACAGGAGCACCAAGAUCCAAAUUCCUAUAGCUGGGCUCUUCUACAUUUGACAAUGGUUAAACUAGCACUUCACAAUGUCAAGAAUUUCUUUCCUAUUGCUGGACUGGAAUUCUCUGGUCCCGGGAUUCUUCUGCAUUUCCAGUCAAACGACUUUGGCAUUUCCUUGUUAAACAAGAGGUCCUUCAAGAGACAUUUAUUAGAUAUAUUUUCACUAAGAAAAGAAAGCAGAGUGAGGUAUUUUGAGAAAAAUAUUUUCUAUUGUAAUUUUUCUUUAGUUUUCUUUAACAUUUCUAAGGAAAUCAGUGCUUGAUUUAUUCUGAAAUUUUCUUUCUGGUUGGGUAAUAGUCAAAGUUCACUAAACUACCGUGAACUACUUUUAAGUUAAAACCUUAUAAUUUUCAUUUCAUAGCAAUGAAACAAUAUAGGUACUUUGAUAAAUUACAUAUGUUCAAGUGAAAGUUGGUACUUUACAGUGUUUGUCAUUAGGUUUUUACACGUAAUAAACAUUGUGAUGGAUGGUUUGAGGAAUUUAAUAUAUAAGCUUACUCUAUAAUAUUCUCCAAAUAUGUACUUAAAAUAUAAAAUAGCCCUUUAAAAGCAUUUUCUUUACUUAGCACUUAGAAAUGAACAGAAUGAUGAUUUGAAGCAACAAAUUCAGGAUACUUUUGUGAGAGAAUAAACUACAGAAAUAGCAAAUACAAGAUGAAGGAAGAUUGCUCUUACAAAGCAAGACAGAGGUUCUGCAUUGCAUGGUUAUUUUUAAGCUAAUACAAUUAGUAAUGUAAUAGCAGACAUGGUUCAAGAAGAAUUAGCAGUUUGGGAGAUUGGCAAGUGACCUCUUCCUUAUAAAAGUAGGACCUUUUAUAUGAGCAUUUCAGUCUGUUUGGCUAUUUAGUGAGGUAAUUAGUGAGGUAAUGAGCAGUUUGAAGAGUGUUCAGAGUUGAGUGUCUGAUGUAAUUAAAGAUUUGGCAAACAUGGCGGGGCAUGGUGGCUCACACCUAUAAUCCCAGCACUUUGGGAGGCCGAGGCGGGCAGAUCACCUGAAGUCAGGAGUUCAUGACCAGCCUGACCAACAUGGAGAAACCCCAUCUCUACUAAAAAUACAAAAGAUUAGCCGGGCGUGGUGGCGCAUGUACUCGGGAGGUUGAGGUAAGAGAAUUGCUUGAACCCGAGAGGCAGAGGUUGCAGUGAGCCAAGAUUGUGCCAUUGCACUCCAACCUGGGCAACAAGAGCGAAACUCCGUCUCAAAAAAAAUAAAGAUUUGGCAAACACAAUCAAUGAGAAGAGAAGAAAUGAAUUAUAUUUCGCUUAGAAAAGUGAAAACAGAGAGAGUCCAUAUGGCUCGAUUUCCCGAGAUAAAGUAUAAGACUGCUUCUCAGUUUUUCCUCAUGCCCAGGGCAGUGGAACCUACCAUACUUGUUCUUUUUCCCACUCACCCACUUACCUGAAUAGUAAUUGUGGUCAGCCCUUAUGAACAGUCAUUUGUUUUCUCUAUGGAUUUAAAAAUUAUAUACUUAAAUGAGGAAGUAGAAGAAUGAACUGUAGAGACCUUUUGAGUCCUAGUUAUAAGCUUUUUCAUAACAAAAGACCCUUAUGGCAUUGAAAUUAUUGAUGUGACUUUGUUAGGGAAAUCAGAGGCAAAUUAUUUGCCUCUGUUAUUUAAACCACUGUGUAUAGCAUUUCCUAUAGUGAUGCUGAGUCCAAAUUCCAUAAACUAAAAUAUAGGAAUCUAAGAUAGUGAUUUAAAAUAAAAGAUUUUAGCCAGGCACAGUGGCUCACACCUGUAAUCCUAGCACUAGGUGGGGGAUCUCCUGAGCUCAGGGGUUUGAGACCAGCUUGGCAACAUGGUGAAACCCUGUCUCUACAAAAGAUACAAAACAAUUAUCCAGGUGUGAUGGUGUAUGCUUGUAAUCCCAGCUACUUGCAGGGCUGAGGCAGGAGGAUUGCUUGAGCCCAGGAGGUGGAGGUUGUAGUGAGCUGAGAUCACACACCACUGCACUCCAUCCUGGGUAACAAAGUGAGACCCUAUCUUAAUCAAUAAGAUUUCUGGUCAGUUAGGGGCUCUGUUAUUCACAGAAAACCAGUUCAUUGAGUGAUCAAUUUUCUGAGUGUUUUGUUCUUCAAAUUAUUAAAAUUAAUGAUUUAUCACAAGUAUGUUUUAAGUAUUGGUAAGGUUGAUAGCAGCUUGACUGGUUGACUUGUCAGAGUGUAGAGUGCUGUGGGAAGCCAGGUGUCUGGGUUUCUUGGACCCUCCCAUUCUCGUCUUGCCCUUCCCCACGAGUUUGCUUCUUCCUUAACUAAUUCUCCCCCUCUCCGCCCCUUAGUCUCCCUUCCAUUAUGCUCCUCAGUCUCUGUGUGUUCUAUUUUUCUUCCAGUAGUGGGUCCCCAUGAACAGGGAAGUAGGACAGAGAUAAACGGAAUGUUUCUUAAAGUGCUAUAUAAGCAUCAGUUGGCUCCAAGGAAGGGAAGUACAUGGCUGGGAGUUAGGAUGGAAGAAUUUUUAUCAUGUACCCUUUUAAUUUUAAAACAUUGAAUGGAAUUACUGUCUUGUCCAGUACUGUCCCAUAGAACUUUCUGUGAUGAUGGAAAUCUGUAUCUGCAUAGUCCAACAUAGUAGUCACCAGCCACAUGUGGUUACUGAGUACUUGAAAUGUGGCUAGCAUGAUUGAGAAACUGAAUUUUAAUUUUAAUUGAUCUAAAUUUAAAUAGUUACAUAUGGUUAGUGAUUGCUGUUUUGAAUAGCUCAGAUCUGGAAAAAAGGUGUUUUCAUUAAGAAAAAAAUUAUGAAUGAAACAUUAAGGCUGUUAGGACAAAAUAAAAACUCGUCGCUAGGCUCAGAAAUAUGCAAAACUUACUAAAACUCUACCCAAUCCAGUAAGAGUGCUUACAUCUUUAAAAUUGUCAAAUAGGAUUUUGGUAAUCACUGAAUUUGGCAAAUUCAGAAAAUUGACCAAUAAAAUUGGCAGGCUAAUCCUAAAAAUGCUGGGUGCAUUUAAAAAAAAUCCCUGAGAAAUGCUGAAGUUAUAGAUAUAUUUAUAAGAAUAAGAUCUUUUAUUCACUGAAGAUAUUACAGGAAAAUAUUUCACAAAACAAGUUUUUGGGAAACAGAUUGGUGAAUUCAGCUAGUUAAGACAAAUAGAUUCUUCAGCAGUUUGGCCUUCACUGAGUUAGCUGUGCCACACAUUGACCAUUCCUUGGAAGUUUUCUUGGAUGCAUCUUUAUCAGCUGCAGCAGCCAUAGGGGAGUCCCUAGAGGCAUGGGCAGAAAAUUUGAAUGGCCCUUCGUGAUGAAAGGGAGGCAGUCACCUGAAAAGGUAUGAGGAAGAGUUUGUUUCUCUGAUCAAACCUUCAGAGUUUCCACAGCAGAGCAGAAAUAUAACUUCUGAUUGCAGCCAUCCUUUGGACCCUGCAUCAACCCGGGAGCAAAUUACUGAGUGAUUUCUUUUUCCAUGCCUGAUUUUAUUAAACAUUUAUUUACUUAGAGAAAAAUCAUCAUAUUCCUUAAAAGAGUGAAAUAAUUAUCAAUAUUUUGAAUCUAUGCUUAGAAAUAAAUAUUUUAAUUUGUAUUUUAAAUCAACCCCUAUAGGGCAGGAAUUUAUGUAGCAUCUUCUGCAUCUGCUCAUACAAAUGGGCUUUUAAUUUUAUAGAUUACCAGUUAUGUAACUUAAAUUUCUUAAAACUGUAUACAGAUAACUAAUUUUUAUUUUGAAAUAGCUUUUAUGUUCUUGUGUUUAUGUAAUAGUCACAUUAAUUUUGCCCUUUUGGCUUUGUGUUGUGUAUAUUUGAUGACUGUUUUAUUCGGUUUAAUUUUUUCUUGAUUUUGCAAAUUCAUUUUUAUCAUCUUUAAGUGGUGGAGUGGCCAUUUCAGCUUGAAAUAUUUCACUGUCUUUAUAAUUUCAUUCCAUGCAUGUGUUUUGUGUUUGUGACG